GAUGGAGCCUUCCCCUGUUGGGCCGCCAGUACCUGGACACCCUGACCACGUGGUACUGCAGGUUCCAGGGCUGCUGCGACAGCGGGGACUGCAGGAUCUCCAACAACUUUGCAGGCUUAGAGUCGGACCUGAGUGUGCGGCUGCACGGCCAGCAUUUGGCCCGGGAGCUGGUCCUGAGAACCGUGAGGGGCUACCUAGAGACGCCCCUGCCAGCCAGGGCCCUGGCUCUGUCGUUCCACGGCUGGUCUGGCACAGGCAAGAACUUCAUGGCUCGGAUGCUGGCGGAGAACCUGUAUCGGGACGGGCUGAGAAGCGACUGCGUCAAGAUGUUUAUCGCCACGUUCCACUUUCCUCACCCCAAGUAUGUGGACCUGUACCAGGAGCGGCUGGCAGCCCAGAUCCAGGAGACACGGCAGCGUUGCCACCAGACCCUGUUCAUCUUCGAUGAGGCUGAAAAGCUGCACCCGGGGCUACUGGAGGUCCUCGGGGCUCACUUGGAACGCCAGGUCCCCAAGAGCCACCAGACCAAGGCAUCAAGAACCAUCUUUCUUUUCCUCAGUAACCUCGGGGGCAAUGCCAUCAACGAGGUGGUCCUGAAUCUGCUUAAGGCCGGAUGGUCCCGGGAAGAAAUCACGAUGGAGCAGCUGGAGCCGCGCCUCCGGGCUGAGAUCGUGCAGUCCACAGACAGUGGCUUCGGCCACAGCCGUCUUGUACAGGAAAACCUGAUUGACCUCUUCGUCCCCUUCCUGCCCCUGGAGUACCGCCACGUGAGACUGUGCGCGCGCGACGCCUUCCUGAGCGAGGAGCUCCUGUACACGGAAGAGGCGCUGGACGAGAUCGCCAAGAUGCUGGUGUACGUCCCCAAGGACGAGCCGCUCUUCUCCUCCCAGGGCUGCAAGUCUAUCUCCCAGAGAAUUAGCUACUUCCUGCCCUGAAGGCAGGUGAAGACUCCCUGGAGUUGCCUGCCCUGCAGGAGCCAGAGCCUGGGCCCUGGAAGAGCACCUGCGUGGCUGUCGGUGAGCGGCAGGCCUGCCACCACACACCCCUGGGCUGGGAGCAAGGCCUCGGUCCGAGGCAGAGCCAGUGCUAAGUCCACAUGCCGCCUUAACGCCAGACAGCCCAGAGGAUGGACCAGAGGCUAGAGAAGGCUGCGGGGACAGCAGGUCCCCAGGGCUCGUCCCAACUUGAGGGAGGCUCUCCUUCGUGUCUCUGUCCUUUUCUGCAGGUGCCAAGACUUGGGUGCUGGGCCCCCAGCUGCCAGUUCCUUGGGUUUUGGGGCAGGGAAGAAGGAAGUUCUGCUGGUGGGGCAGGCACUCGGUGUGCAGGCCGGGUGGGCUGGUUUCAGGUCGGGAAUCCCAGAGGAAAGCUGGGCAGCGGCUGUGGUGAGGAAAGCAGCAGAGCCUCAGGGAAUGUGUGCAGAGGAAGACGGUCUGGAAGGCAGGUCGGUGGCGGCUGAACGGACACUGCCGCAGAUUGGGGGGAAAAUGACUUUUUAAAAAUGAGGGGCCUUGGCAAGUUCAUGUCCUAUGUUAAGAUUAAACUUUUAUACUUUUCUAAGA